AACCCCCGAAAGUAAUUGUAACUGAACACCGAGUUCGUAAAGUAGCCUGUGAAAAUGUUGCCGGACAGUCACCUCCAAACCAGUAUUCCUGGUUCAGGAACGAUGAAAUUCUUGACACGUCCGAUGGAAACAAGUUUGUUGUAAAGGGAAAUUUGUUGCUUAUAUUUAACCCAGAUAUUGAGGAUGAAGGUGUUUAUACAUGCAGAGCAGAAUGGAAUGCCAAUAAAGAACACAACUUUGAUGUUAUGAAGAUGAGUUCCAACGAUGUAGAGAUUUUCUACAAAGAACAGCAUGGAGAGGGUACCAGUGACUAUAUAACAAAGAGGAGAGACUUUAUCACCAAAGAACAACAUAAAGAAAACAAUGGUGGAAAUGGAACCGUUGCUUUAACCGGUCGUUGUCUUUGUAUACAUAAGGAAUGGAAAUGCUGGCUUACAUCGUUAUGUUUAUGUAUUAUCUGUCUUUUUAUUCCAAGUGGAUGUUUGUUAGAUAAACUAAGAUGGAUUUUUAACAAGGGAGCUAACAGAAGCCCAACCGAAAAUACAAUUGUUUUUCAGGUACAAUCUCCCCUACCUUCACAGCCACCACACAGCAUACUUAGUACAGAUGAACCUCUCCUUAGCUCAGAAUCCCAAAAGUCAUGUCAUGAUGUUGUGUUAAUUGAGGAGUCCGAAAAUCAACAAGGUCAUGUGGAAGAAUUAAACCCCAGCAUCCAAAUCGAAGAUAUCAGUAAUGAUGAUGCAAUAGUUGUACCACAUGCAGAAGAAAUGAUUACAAGACAAAAUGAAAGUGUUGAAAGUCUGUACCAAAAAGCUUUAGAAUGUUGUUCAGGAUUAUAUUAUCACAACCUUGAUAUGGCUACAACUGAUCGAUUAGAAGUGUUGCUUAACCCAUACACAGACCCAAAACCACCAAUUAAGUAUUGGAAACACCUUGCAAACAAACUUGGUUUUACAGACCAGGCCAUACUAAAUUCUCUGGGGACAUACAAACGUUUCCAUGAGCUUCUGCAAACACAAGAUGUGUCAAUGCAGACAUUUUUAGAAGCAUUGUGGACAGUUGAAAAUGACCAGGCAACAAAAGUUGUCUGCAAGGCAGUGAUCAAGAUGAAUGAAAAUAGAAAAUAAAUGAUUGAUAUGAAUGGUGAGUUUAUUUUUGUUUAAAAAAAAAGUGAUUUAAGUAAACCUCUGUUCACACUUGUCUCAUAAAUAUUGUGAUAUGUCCAUAUAAUUGGUGGUGUCAUAUCACACUCAUAGUGUGACAAAGCCUAAGACAUACUUUUUAUGACAAUGUGACCUGAAUAAACAUGUCAACAUUAUUCACUAGAAAGUUUCUCUAAGAAGGGAAGGAAGUGUACAAAUUUGUAAAUUAAUUUUUCCUAUAUCGACAAACAUGUGAUUGUUUUAUUGACUGAAAUGAAAUACCAGUAUAUUUGUACAUAAAUGUCAUUCAUAUCGAAAGGUCACAGGUACAGUACAGUAUUUGUCACAUAAAACUUCAUAGUGUGAACAUAGCUUAAUUACAUUCCUUGAUAAGAGCUUACAUGUCAAUCAAUUA